AGGGGCCCGUCAGGAGCGGGGAUACCGCUGCCCUCUGGCCGCCUUGAUCUGGGCUUCCCUGCGGGAGAGUGGGAGCUGUGGGGAGCGCGGAGGGGCCCGAGGAGGGCGUGCGUGUCCCUCCUCGUCGUCUCGCUGUGUCCCUUGAUGCCCCGUGGCGUUCACCAGAGUCGGGCCGGGCCGGCGGCUCUGUGGUAACUUGUCAGAGCUUUGCUGUUUGAGCAUAUUGGCCGUUACGCUACUUGAUGCCCCUGUCUCUCUUUCUCUGCCCUAGCUGCGCCCCGGGAGAGGUGACACCAGGGAAGCAAUGUUCUAAGAAUGUCAUCAGGCAUCCAAAUAAAACCAAAGACUGCAGUACAGAAAAGCAAGACAUCUUCUCCUUUGCCACAUUCUCCAGAAUCUGUAAUUAAACCACAGCCAAAGCCUAGUGACAAGCUGAAUCCUAAAACUAUUGAUCCAUUUGGUGAUUAUUCUCGACCACCUUCUGCAUUUGCUGCUAUAUACGCUAAAGGUGGCAUUCCAUGCAGGUUAGUACAUGGCUCAGUGAAGCAUAGACUGCAAUGGGAAUGCCUUCCUGAAACUGUUCCCUUUGAUCCUCUUCUUGUAACAUUGGCAGAGGGUCUAAGAGAGACAAAACAUCCCUAUACCUUUGUUUCAACGGAGGGUUUUAAAGAAUUACUUCUGGUUGAAGGUGCUACUGAAAAAGCAAUUCCCUUGUUGCCUCGCUUAGUUCCAGUGUUAAAGACUGCAUUGGCCCAUCCGGACGAUGAAGUAUUUGGAAGGGGAUUGGAUGCUUUAGUUCAACUGAGUGCUGUUGUUGGCCCAUCUCUUAAUGGUCAUCUUAAGCACCUGCUCACAAAUCUUUCAAGAAGAUUAAUGGACAAGAAAUUUAGAGAAAAAAUUACUCUUGCUUUACAAAAGUUGGAGCAAUAUGGUGGAAAGGCAACUGUGGCUAUCAUCAAAUCUAAAAUUCCAACCUAUUGUUCUGUCUUACCUUGAGCAAGAAAACUGUAGUGAUUUGUACUGUAAGGUAAAGCUAGGAAAGACACUGUUGUGAAUAACUGACACUUAUUUGGUAUACAUGUUAUCUUAAAAUAAUCACAAUUCUUCAGUAUGAUGGAAAGUAGGAAAAGUCCUGUCAGUUUGUGAAUAUGUAAUUAUGGAAGACUAUUUAAAAUAAUGCUCUUUGUGUUGGCUGCUAUUUGUGUAUGCAUUGUGCUUACAAUGACAUUGACUUAACUGGCUGUUAUUUCAAAAGCAGAGUAAAUAUUGAUUCUUAUUUUGUUGUAAAGUACAAUUUCCUGUAAUAUAUCUGUAGUGCUUAAUAUGUUUUAUACAUUUGUGAGUUGCAAAAUAAUUUGGCUGUAAUUAAUUAAAUAGUAACUAACGGUGUUAAAUUAUAUAUGUAUACCUG